AUGAAACAGUUUGUGCCAGCUGCCGCCGUGGUGGCGCUCCAGGUCACCGCGUCUCUCGCGGAGGAGCUGCUGCCUGUUCAGAUCAGGGCUCCCAGCCCAGCACACUUCUCCGAUCUCGUGGCCAACAACACGCUCGAUUUCGGCUGCAGGCCCAUCGCCCAUCCCACCAGCGAUGGCAAGUUUGAGCUCCAGGCUCUCCUCACCAGAGACCAGAUCAGCUGGCUUCACGGCGAGUACAGCUCGGACGAGGCCAUCACCGUCCAGGAGACUGCCCUCGACAAGCGCCAAACCUCGGGCAAAGCCCCCAUCGGCACCGGCGAUCGCUUCAGCGGCGGCUCCGUGACCCCCUCGGGCCUCGGAACCAAAGCCAGCACGGCCAGCAUCGCCAGCAUCCUCAACGUCAACGAGAUCAACUCUGCGCUCACCGGCCUCGCAAACGCCUACCCGGGCGCCUUCUUCAAGUACAACCUCCCCUACACCACCUUCCAAGGCCGCACCUCGGUCGCCGCCUACACCGGAGCCGGUCCCGACACGUCAAAGUACCGGCUCUACCUCUCGGCCGGCAUGCACGCCCGCGAGCGCGGCGGGCCCGACAACCUCCUCUACUGGGUUUCUGACCUCCUCGCGGCGAACAAGUCCGGGUCUGGGCUGACUACGGCAAAAAGACGUACACCAACGCCCAACGGCGUGGUCUACGACCAGUCGUCUGGUUCUCUCUGGCGCAAGAACAGGAACACCCGCUCUGGCUCGUCGGGCGCGUCGGUGGGCGUUGAUCUCAACCGCAACUUCAACUUCCUCUGGAACUUUCGCAAGUUCUUCUCUUCGUCCGUCUCCCCUGCUUCUACAAGCCCUAGCUCGGAGGCGUUUUACGGCACCGCUCCCGAGUCAGAGCAGGAGACCAAGAACCACGUCUCCGUCUAUGACAAGUUCCCCGGCAUCAGAUGGUUCAUGGACAUUCACUCUGCCGCGGGGACGAUUUUGUAUUCUUGGGGGGAUGACGUGAAUCAGUCGACGGAUCCAAAGAUGAACUUUUUGAACUCGACGUAUGAUGGGAAGAGGGGGGUGACGGGGGAUAGUGUGUACAAGGAGUACAUCCCUGCCGCGGACGCGACUGCCAUCAAGAGGGCGGCGGAUGCCACCGUAGCGGGUAUGAAGGGUGUGGGUUCGAGGAGCUAUGUUAGCCAGCAGGCGGUGGGGCUGUAUCCCACCUCGGGGGCGAGUGAUGAUUAUGCUUUUAGCAGGUUUUGGGCUGAGCCGGGGGUGAGUAAGGUUUAUGGGUUCACGAUGGAGUUUGGGUACUCGACCAAUUUUUAUCCGACGACGGCCGAGUUCAACAAUAAUAUUCGGGAUACGAAUGCUGGGUUUAUGGAGUGGGCGUUGACUGCUAUUGCUGUCGGGUUGUAG